AUGCAAGCGAAAGUUUUGAAUCCCAAGCGUCCCGAGCGAGCGUCGCGAAGCGAGCGCUCAGCAACUUUGUGGGAUUGCAGGUCUCGGGAUGAUGGCGUUGUGAAGCCAUUUAAGCGUGUGGUGCGAGCUAACAUCGGCGACUGCCACGCCCUCGGCCAGCCACCCAUCACAUUCAUCAGACAGCUGUCUACAUCGCCGGAAAUACCGUCCGAUGUGAAAGACAGGGUACGAGAGAUACUCGGCGAUUGCAUCCGCGGCUCAGUGGGUUCGUAUUCUCCGGCGCUGGGUCUGCGCGUAGUGCGCGAGCGCGUGGCGGCGUAUAUGCGCGCGAGGGACGGCGCCGGCGUGCCCGCCUCACCUGAUGACGUGUGCCUCGGCGCCGGCGCAUCUGACGUCAUCAAAUCUGUGCUCACCUUGUUCGCAGGACAAAUAGACGGGAAGCCUUCUGCGGUGAUGAUACCGAUUCCCCAGUAUCCGCUUUUCUCUGGCACCUUGGCCGAGCUGGGCAUCCAGAUGGCAGAGUAUUACUUGGACGAGGAGCACGAGUGGGCUCUAUCACGUGAGGAACUAGAGCGUAGCUGGCGUCAGGCCUCUGAUACCUGUGCAGUACGCGCUUUGGUCGUGAUCAACCCGGGGAAUCCUACAGGCCAAGUCUUGAGCCGCGAGAAUAUCGAGGAGAUCAUAAAGUUUGCAUACGAGCGUAGACUGUUCCUGCUCGCUGACGAGGUCUACCAGGAGAAUAUUGUCUGCAAACCCUUCUACUCAUUCAAAAAAGUUAUGCAUGAAAUGGGAAUGCCGUACAGUGGUAUGGAGCUAGCAAGUUUUCUGACGUGCUCGAAGGGAUGGGCUGCAGAGUGCGGACUACGCUCAGGAUACGUCGAGCUACUGCGGCUUCAGCCCGCUGUGCGCAAGGCCUUCGACGCCGCCAGAGGUGUCAUGCAGUGCCCUACUGUAUUAGGACAAUAGCUUGCUGAAGUGAAACGUGUACUACGCGAGCGAACCACCGAUGCGUACCGCACCUUUAACCAGAUACCUGGCUAUUCCUGCAACCCAAUUGAUGGUGCGAUGUUCGCAUUUCCUCGCGUGGAGCUGCCGGCUCGGGCUCAGCAAGAAGCGCACGACCUCAACAUGAAACCUGACGAGUUCUACUGUCUCAGACUACUUGAACAAACCGGUGUAUGUGUGGUGGCGGGUGGUGGGUUCGGUCAGCGUCCGGGCACCUUCCACUUCCGUACCACCAUCCUGCAUCCGCGGGAGGAAUUUACUCACAUGCUGCAAUCUAUCGCUCAGUUCCACCGCACCUUCCUCCAACAGUACGCCGAUUGA